GGUAUGGAUGUGCAAAGUGACGACGAGUUGAAGCAUUCUGACGACCCAGCUUUGAUGACGCUUGCCGUGAGCAUUAAGUAAGUCAUGCCAUAGCCGGGGAUCACGGGUAACUGAAGCACAGUUGGCCUUAUCCCUCUCUACCUGUACACCAUGGCAGCGACUACGGGAGAACAGAAGUUCAAGGUUGCCCUGAUACAGACACGUCCCAAGGUUCUUGAUGCGGAACACAACUUUGCGCACGCCUCAGAGCAGAUUCGCCUGGCAGCAACACAGGGGGCUUCACUGGCUGUCCUGCCCGAGUAUCACUUGACUGGAUGGGCGCCGGAUGAGCCGUCAUUCGCACUGAGCGCAGAGGAUGCCUCUCGCUACCAGCAGCGAUACCGGCGAUUGGCGGCAGAACUACACAUCAACAUCUGCGCGGGCACCAUCGUCUCACACGCGCCAAAGAGCCAGAAGAACAACACAAACGACGCAGCUUCCAAAAACCCAAUUCUUCUCAACACGUCCUACUUCAUCGACCACGACGGCCAGCUGCUUGGCGCGUACACCAAGACCAACCUCUGGAUCCCUGAACGAGACCACCUGACCUCGAGCAUCGACUACGCCCACAAGAUGAGUGUCGACGAGGGCACGCCCGCCGCCACUGGACCUCAUCAGGUCUUCGACACCCCCCUCGGCCCCGUCGGCAUCCUUGUCUGCUGGGACCUCGCAUUUCCCGAGGCAUUCCGACAACUCGUCCUCGCGGGGGCCAAGGUCAUCAUCAUGCCCUCGUACUGGACCCUUUCGGACAUGAGCAAAGAAGGACUGGCAUACAACGCCAACUGCGAACGGAUGUUUGUGGAGAACACGCUCACCACGCGCGCGUUCGAGAACACUGCCGCCCUCAUCUACUGCAAUGCGACCGGGCCGCCAGAACAAGGCUUCUUUGGAUGCAGUCAGGUAGCCUUACCCAUCGUGGGCAAGGUUCCCGGGAGCUUUAAUGACGGCGAGGAGGGGAUGCGUCUGGUAGACGUCGACAUGCGGGUGGUUGAGAUUGCGGAGAGGAACUAUCAGAUCAGAAAGGAUUUGAAGCGGGUUGAUUGGCAUUAUGGGUAUUCAAAAGGGGCCAAGUUGUGAUCGAACAUGUGGAAGAAUGACAAGAGAAAUACUUGCGACGGCCACAUGUCAUGUUAACGUCCCCGGAUGGAGUUUGGGCUCACUGGUCUGUAAGCCACUACUACUACAUGCAGAUGGUCGAGCUGCUCUCUGUCCUUCGCGGUCCAUGGCAAUGGACGCGCCGCAUCAGCCUCAGGUACUCUGACGACAGGAUGUAUCAUAGGGAAAAAAGUAAUUACUAGAAGACUGACUGCCAACAGAGGCUUGACCGCCA